UCGCACUGGAAGUUUCAGCCUAUAAAACACCUGCUUGCUAUUAUGGCUUUGCCUCAUUCCCUUCCACCGGCUCCAUUAUGUUUACUUCCCGCUCCGUCAUCUUUGCGCUGCUCAUCUUCCUCGCUGGCGCCAAUGCGUGUAUACAAUGCCCAGCCACAGUGGGGGGCAUUAAACUAUCCAGUUCCACUGUGUUAAACGGCGGGAUCUUAUCUUGCAAGUACCUUGGGAAGGGUCGCGCCAGCAAAGUGGAAUGUCUGUUUCUUUCUGUGUCCGGUAACAGCAUUGAAGCAGACUCGCGGUGUCCGUCUUCAGCAACAAUUAUGAAGAAAAAACCCCCUGAAAGAGGGAUUUGUCCGACACAACGGGACUCCACUGUAGACCCCAAAGAACAAUAAAUUUGAUUUAAAGAAAGAAAGAAAAACUGUGAAGAAAUGGGGGGGACGAGACACCCAACAAGAGGAGCAAUGCUCAUCCAU